AUGGUUAAAAAUACUACUUGCAAUAGAUGUGGUUCAAAACUAUCUUCAUAUCAAAAGUAUCAACAACAUUUAAAUCGAACAAAUCCCUGUCGACCUAAAAAUCUACCAGAAAAUCUGGUACCAAUUCCAUCACAAAACCCAACACCAGCACCCGAAGGCGAUCUCAUUUCAUUUAACGAAAACCCACCGACGCACCAACCGAGAGAGGCAAGUGUACCGGCAGUCGACCUUUUAACUGAUGAUAUUUCAAAUAUAGGAGCUGAACCAAGUUCUAAUACCCAAGGAGAACAAAAAAAGAAAUCAAUUUUAACAAUAGAUGAAAUAAUAAAAUGGUUAUCAAAACCGGAAAUAAAAAAUAAUAAAAAAAUUAGAUCAAAACCCAUACCAAAAACUGACGAAGAAUGGUUUGAUUUAAUGGAAAAAUCAGAGGUAGAAAAUUUUAACGAAGGUGAAGUAUGUGAUUAUUACGCAUUUGUCCCUAAAGGAUAUUUUGCUGAAGGUGAACCAUUAGCUUUCUUUGAAUCAAUCGAAGGAAAGAUUUCCAAUGUCUACAAAAAAGAGUUAGUUUUAAAGGGUGGAUUAAAGGUAAGAAUUGUAUUAUUUGCAUAUAUGAAGAAAAUUAUGCCAGAAGAUCAAGAACCUAUAUAUAAAACAUUUCCAUUCAAACGCGAAACAAUGGAAAUUAUUAGAGAGGAUCGAAUCAAUGCUUGCAUAGAAAAAGGGUACAACGCAGUUGUGGAUCAGAUUGAGGAUGAAGCAUUACAAGAAUCUGGAUGGUCAUUUAUUCGAGCAGAAGAAGUAUUUCUAGAAAUUAGUGCAUUCAGACCUUUGCGAGGUAGUAGUUAUCUACCAUUACCAGAAGCUUUAAAUAAACCACAGCUAGGAUUAAUUAAUCCACAAAAUAAGGAAGAUAAUGAGUGUUUUAGAUGGUGCAUUAGUGCUUAUCAUACAAGGGAAGAAGCAAUAAAAGCUAAUAGAAAGCCACCGCAUCUUAAUGAAAUCCGAAGACUUAGACGAAAUGCUAAUAUAGCAAAUUAUAAUGGCAUAAAAUUUCCAGCAACAUUACACGAUAUAGAUAAAUUCAUGGAAAUUAACCCUAACUAUGCUAUUAAUAUAUUUAGGCCA